GCGAUUCUGUUUACGGAAGUCUCAGAGGGGUAUCGCCUGAACUGAUUCUUCAGAUUUGUCUGGCGUUUUCAUUUUAGUCAUAUGAUUUAUGAGGUAACGUAGACUAACCAUGUUCCGUACAAAACGAUGUUCCGUACAGGUGACGUUUUAGCGCCGAUUGCAGAAUAAAUAAUUACAGUUCGUACAUAAACUAUAUAUCUGUGUCAUCCUUAUGUUUCUCUCUUUCACUCCCGAUCUAAACAGAGACCAAUCCGCUGUUUGUUUCAGUAAUAUUUGAGUAAGUUUGCUCGUUGCGCCCACCGCGCUUGUAAAUGGACAGUGGGGAAGAUUUACUUCAAAACUUCAGCUUGGGAGGAAGACAACUAGAGCAGCGAAAAUGUACAUUUCUAUUCCACUUAUGUUUCUCACAGUACUACAGCCUGUAUUAAAUGAAUAUUAUGUUAUCACAAAUUGUUAAAUAUAUUACUUUUUGUUGAAUAAAUGCUUUGAAAUGGGAGUGUUUAAGCAUCGAUUGCGGGCGAUAACCACUUAGCGUCACCCUCACCUGAGACUGGCGGCAGAGAUCUCUUACUUUAUGAAGUUUUCACAUUGGUUAACCUUUUUUUUUAAUUAAUCAGUGCCCUUCUCGUUUUCUGCAUCUUCAGAAAGAUAAGGAAAUUAUGUUCUCUAACCUUUCACAUAGUUCAUGCUUAACUCACAUGUCAUAAUUAAUAUCACGACACAAUCAUGCCUAACUCGCAUGCGCCCUUUAUUAAAGCAGCCAUUAACUUGUAUUUUGAUCAAAUAAAAAGGUAAUAAUCUUUGAUAUUUAUUGGAAUUAUGUUUUCUUGCAGUUAAAAUAAAUAACAGCUCACUUUUGAUAAGUUAAAUGUCCAUUUUCGCCGAUAAAAUCAAGUAAUAAGAGCUGUACGGAACAUCAUUAUAAGCCUGUACGGAACACCGUUAACCCCUAUCAUCUUCCGUACACUGGCGGAGGUGGUACUUUUCCCCAGUUUUCUCAAAAACUAUUGGUCCUAAAGACAUCAAUCAAAGUGUAGACUGUGUAAUAGGUAUUCCCCCGGAGAAUGAGCACACAAGCAUGCUUGUAUGUCUUUUUACAACGGAGGAGUGGUCACUGGCGUGCGGUGAAUAGCGAAAAGUGUACGGAACAUGGUUAGUCUACGUUAAUUACACCGUUUUCGAGUUGUAGAUUUUUCUUUGAAGUCCAAAUCUCAUGGAUAUUGAGGUCGAUAUAAUUGAUUUUAAAGUCCCUCUCGAAAACAACAAAACUAUUUUCGUUUGGGACAUUCAGCCAACAUUUUCAGAGGCCUACAUUUAUGAGUCCCUGUGGAGCGUGUAUUCAGCUUUUGGAGCUCUUUACCUGUUGAAGGUCUGUCCCAAUGCCACGGUGGCAGAACCUGGGUUCUAUGCACUGGUGAAGUUCUACUCAUCGGCACAGGCGUCUAAAGCUCAGCGGGCCACUGAUAAACAAUGUCUUUUCCAACGUUCUCCUUUAAAGGUCCGAUUGAGCACAAAGCAGAAUCUGUCCUUCUAUAGCUCUAAACCUCUCAGCCUUUCCAAAUGUCACAACCUGGCUAAUCACUACCUGGGCUUUGGCGGCUGGUCUACUCGCAUCGUUACUUUGAAGGACAUCUCAAGAUGCAGGGACGCAGGGUGCCAAGAAGAAACAGAUGACCAGAGUGUGCUUCUGAAAUAUGGUUGCAUAGCAGAGUUGACCUUCCAACAGCAUGGAAUGAGCUGCCAGGGGGUCGGGGUGGCAGAGGAGAUAAUCGACAACGAUCGAGAUCCAGAGGAAAAGCUGAGAAAAAGAGGGACGCUAAUGAAACGUGCCAAAGACAAAGCUGUGGUGGCUGCCUUUGAAAAAGUGCUUCUCAUGAUCUUGGGAAAUGGGAAAGUAGCGAUUGAGAUCAAGUAUGAUCCAGAUGAGAUCCUUCCAGAAGAGAACUCAGGAGGAGUCAUAAAAGUAAAUGACAUCUCCUGGAAUGAGUUUGAAGAUGCUGACAGUAAUACUGAGGAGGAUUUCCCAUGGGACCUCACAGUAGACCUCCCUCACUGACACCUACUCAAACUUUCUCAACUCACACAGUUGCCAGUGUUUUCUGGAUAAGUGACCACUGGAAAUGAUAUAGGUUUUCUCUUUAAUGUUUGGUAUUGACCAUAAUGUGUGCAGCAUUAUGCUCAUCCUCUGUAGUUAACCUCCAAAUUUCAGUGCAACUGACCUCAGAUUCCUCUUCUCUAUUUCCAAAGCAGUUC